AUGAGUGCUUUUUGGAACGAUAUUAGCACUCAGAUUGUGGAUUCUUCGGAGAUUAUUGGCCAUUCAUCUUCAAAUGGUACUUUCUUAAAAAGCCCAAUCUGCUCCUGCUAUGACAACGGCGGAUACUCUAUCAUUUCACCUAUAAACGAUAUUUCGCCAUGUUUUAUUAAUGGUAUCCUUACAAAUUUAUUAUCGGUUGCAAUCAUAGUUCAUGGCUCAAUAGAAAUACAUAGAUUGCGUCAGAAGAGAAACAUAAGUGCAAGAUCCUCGUCAUUUUUUGGCAUUAAAUGCAUCUUAAUUGCUUUACAGGUUAUGCUUCAGCUACUGAUCUGUCUAUACUACCCAAAGGUUACUUCUUAUCCUUUGAAUGUAACCUUUUUGAAUGAUAUACAGUGGUGGUCGACGCUUGGCACUUGCUUGUCUUUAUUGAUAGUUAGCGCACUUUCAUACAUUGAGAAUUACAAGUCUUUCAUUGCCUCCACCGCAUUAAUUAACUUCUGGUUGGUAUACGCUAUUUUGAACUUUUUCCGCAUAAUUAAUGUGUAUCUUCGAAAAACAACAACUGCUAUGACUUUCUUAAUAUGGGCUACCGGUAUAAAUACUAUUCUGAUUCUUGUGUUGGAGAUUACUGAAUCUCCAAGACCUAUUUUAAAGCCGGAGGAGUAUAAUCCAGUGGAAAAUGCCAACAUAUUCAGUCGUAUUACUUUUGAAUGGCUGACACCUUUAAUGAGUAAGGGUUAUCACAAGUAUCUCGAACAGAAAGAUCUACCUAUGCUGCCAAGUGCUUUGAAAUCAAGAAACUUGUUCAACUCUUUGUACGAGAAUUGGAAAAGUGAGAUUAAUAAAGGAAGCGCACCUUCUUUGGCAAAGGCUCUUUGGAAAUCAUUUGGCGGUCAAUUCAUGUUUGCCGGUAUUUUCAAACUCAUUCAGGAUUGUAUCGCCUUCAUUCAGCCACAAUUUUUGAAAAAAUUGAUCCAAUUUGUUGAUGAUUACUCUAAGGAUCAUAGCAUUCCUCUUACCAGAGGCUUUAUGAUUGUUGUUGGAAUGUUUGGUGUUUCUGUCAUUCAGACUGCGGCUUUACAUCAAUAUUUUGAGAGGGUGUUCGACACAGGCAUUAAAGUGAAGUCAUCUUUAAACUGUCUUAUUUAUCAGAAGGCCUUGACCUUGUCUGCGGAGGCCAAACAAAAGAAAAGUACAGGCGAUAUUGUCAACUUGAUGUCUGUUGAUACUCAACGUUUACAGGAGUUAUGCAGGAAUCUGCAACUCAUUUGGUCUGGACCUUUUCAAAUAAUACUUUGCUUGCUCUCUCUCUACAAGUUGAUUGGAAAUGCCAUGUGGGUUGGUGUUUUUAUCAUGGUGAUAAGCGUGCCCUUGAAUACCUUCCUAUUUGGUAUCCUCAAGAGUUUGCAGAAGAGGCAGAUGAAAAUCAAGGAUGAGAGAACUGGACUUAUUUCCGAAAUCCUUAACAACAUCAAGUCUUUGAAGUUGUAUGCCUGGGAAAUUCCGUUCAGGAAGAAGCUGACUUACGUGAGAAAUGAGAAAGAACUCAAGAACUUGAAGAAAAUCGGUGUGUGCCAGGCAUGCAACCAAUUUGUUUUCAAAUCGGCUCCUCAUCUAGUCAGCACUGCAUCAUUUGGACUUUUCCUAUGGAAGUACAGCUCACGCCCAUUGGGAACGGACAUCGUCUUUACAGCACUUUCUCUUUUCAACUUAUUAAGUUUCCCAUUAGCUGUUCUUCCGAAUGUUAUCGGGAGCGUCAUUGAAGCCCAAGUUUCUCUUAAGAGACUAUCAGACUUUAUGAUGAGUGAUGAAUUGGAGAUGAAUUCAGUCCAUAAACUUUCUCCAAAUUACGAAAAAGGUGCACCUGCUGUUGAGAUUGAAGAUGCCGACUUUUUGUGGUCUCGUCACCCUUAUAAAGUUGCUCUUGUGAACAUUAAUUACAGUGCAAAAGUUGGAGAUCUCAAUUGUAUUGUUGGAAGGGUUGGCUCUGGAAAAUCAUGUAUGCUUCAGGCUAUACUUGGUGACUUGCACAAGACUAAAGGUAUUGCAAGAGUUUAUGGUUCUGUUGCUUAUGUUCCUCAAAUUCCUUGGAUCAUGAACGGUACUAUUCGAGAGAACAUCUUGUUUGGAUGCAAGUAUGAUAAGGACUUUUAUGAAAAGACGCUUAAGGCAUGUGCUUUGAUUUUGGAUUUAGGUAUUAUGCCGGAUGGUGAUUUAACACAGGUGGGUGAAAAGGGAAUCAGCUUGUCUGGAGGUCAAAAGGCACGUUUAUCAUUGGCUAGAUCCGUUUAUGCCCGUUCGGAUGUUUACAUUUUAGAUGAUAUAUUGAGUGCGGUGGACGAGCAUGUGGGAAGACAUAUUAUCAACAAUGUUCUUGGCCCUGAAGGUUUACUUAAAAGCAGAUGCAGAAUUCUUGCUACGAACAAUUUGCACGUCCUCGUUCAUGCUGAUAAGAUUACCAUGCUCUCGCAAGGUAGAGUCCAAGAAGAGGGAAGUUAUACUGAUUUGAUGGCCAUGGAGAACAAAUCUGGUUUAUAUAAGCUUUUGAAGGAGUUUGGUCAUGCUGGAAAAAGCGGCGAUACCACUCCUGAGAAUGAAGAGUCGAACUCAGAUAAGGCUGCCGAGGCAAUUGAGAAGGUUGUCACGACCGACAGCAAAGAGUCAUUCGCCUUGGGUGAGCUUGAUUCAGAGAUUAAAGAAGCUUCAAAGCAUGUGGUUCAUAAGGCGGAAAUGGAAGAUUUUACAAAUGCUGUUAAGCAGAAGGAGAUAAUCGAGGAGCAGACAGGCAGAAAUGAAAAGCACGAACAGGGAAAGGUGAAAUGGAACGUUUAUCUUACUUAUUUCAAGGCUUGUGGGUUCAGAAAUGUUUGCAUCUUGAUUGCCUUUAUCAUCGCAUAUAUGGGAUUGUCUGUGUUGGCCAAUGUGUGGUUGAAAUACUGGUCUGAGUUGAAUAGUAGGAUGGGCUAUAACCCUAACCCAUGGAGGAAUUUGGGGAUCUACUUUGCACUUUGCAUGAUAUCUAUAGUGUUUGUUGUUAGUGAGAGUUUGGUUCAGUGGUUGCUAUGCUCUGUUUCCGGAUCCAAGAUUCUUCAUCAAAGUAUGCUAGAAAGUGUUUUGCUUGCACCAAUGCAGUUUUUUGAGACAACACCUAUUGGUCGGAUUCUUAACAGGUUUUCAAAUGAUAUAUACCGUAUCGAUGCGGUCAUGUUUAGGGUUCUUGAUAGUUUCUUUUCUACUAGUAUUAGGGUCUUGUUCACAAUCAUCGUUAUUGUGUUCUCCACUUGGCAGUUUAUCUUCUUUGUUAUCCCUCUAGGAUUUGUUUACAGAUACUUCCAGAAGUAUUAUUUGGCAUCCUCGAGAGAACUCCGGCGUUUAGACUCUGUUUCCAGAUCUCCAAUAUUUUCACACUUUGAAGAGACAUUGAGGGGUGUUGCAACUAUCAGGGCAUACAAUCAGAUUAAGAGAUUCAUAUUCUUGAAUCAGUACAAUACAGAUAAGAAUAUGAGUGCUUACCAUCCAGCUGUGAGUGCUAAUCGGUGGUUGGCUGUCCGCCUUGAAUUUUUGGGAUCACUAAUUAUUCUUGCAGCUUCUGGCUUGUUGAUCGUUACUUUAAGAGGAGGUCACGUGACCCCUGGUUUGGUCGGUUUGUCGGUUUCAUAUGCUUUACAGAUUACCCAAUUCUUGAACUGGAUUGUCAGAAUGACUGUUGAUAUCGAAUCUAAUAUUGUUUCCGUGGAAAGAGUCAUGGAGUAUGCUAAAAUCAAACCAGAGGCACCACAAUUUAUCGAGUCACGCAAGCCGGCUGAUAAUUGGCCUUAUAAGGGAGCAGUCCGGUUUGUACACUAUUCUGCAAGGUAUAGGCCGGACCUUGAGUUGGUGUUGAAAGAUAUCAACUUAUCAAUUAAAUCACAGGAAAAAGUUGGUAUCGUGGGUAGAACUGGUGCAGGUAAAUCUUCAUUGACUCUUGCUCUAUUCAGACUUAUUGAGGCUUCUGGAGGUCAUAUAAACAUAGAUGAUCUGGACACCAGUAAGCUUGGCCUAUUUGAUUUGAGAUCUAGGCUUUCGAUUAUUCCACAAGACUCUCAAAUAUUCCAAGGCACUAUAAGAUCCAAUUUGGAUCCAACUGAUCAGUAUACAGACGAGGCUUUAUGGAAUGCUCUUAAGUUAUCUCAUCUAAGCGAUCAUAUCAAGAAGAUGUAUGAGGACAUAGAUGACAAGUCAACUGUCAAAUAUAAUCCAUUACUCUCACCUGUCAGUGAAGGUGGCUCGAAUUUAUCUGUUGGCCAGAGACAGUUGAUGUGCUUAGCAAGGGCCCUUUGUAAAGAAAACUGUCGGAUUCUUGUGCUGGAUGAGGCUACUGCUAAUGUUGAUGUUCAAACGGACUCGAUUGUGCAGCAAACGAUAAGAUCUGCAUUUAAAGAGAGAACUAUUCUCACGAUUGCCCACAGAUUAAACACCAUUAUUGACAGUGAUCGGAUCAUCGUGUUGGACAAGGGAAAAGUGGCUGAAUUUGACACGCCUGAUAACCUCUUGAAGGACAAAUCAUCAUUGUUCUAUUCGUUGUGUAAGGAAGGAGGACUUAUUGAGGAUACGGAUUAG